UGGGGAAAUAAUUGUACAAGAAUAGCUCGUAAAGUUGUCUUUCCUACUUCAUUAAUACUGAAAUGAAAACUCUCUAAAAUGAGUUGACCGAAUUGUGCCCAAAAAAUCCAGUAUAUCCCAUAAGAAGGUUGCAUCUACCAGCCAAGAGCAGGGCCUUAAACAUUUGGUAUGGUUAUUGACUGGGACUUUCGAAAAAGAAACUUCCAAUUAGAUUGUUACGCUUGAUGCAUGUGAUUAGCAAAAAAUCAUCAGGAAGAUUCCAGCUGCGACUUUUAUAUAUUACAGAAGCAGGGCUUUCCAUGAAAUAGUGAAACAUUCUGAGAGAUGGAGUGAGAGAAAUCGUAGUUAUUAAAACAGAACACAUAAAGAGGAAGAUAUGAGGUUUGAUACCUGACAAAUAAGAUUAUAAGCAGUGUGUUACAGCUCCAUUUCAUGCUUGGUAGAAAUACAAUGCAUGCAAAAAAAUCACAUAAAUGAAUUAAUAUAUUCCAAGUGGUGAGAGAAUUUACAAUGCCAACAUGAAAUGAUAAGUAAAUAUACCACAAGUUUUUAAUAAUGAUGAAUCAGCGCCUAACACUCAAAUAACAAUUUCAAAAGAAUUAUUUGAGAUAGAUUUUACCAAAUAACCCCAUAAAAUGUAUGAAGCUAAGGAUGCAUUUUGUAACAGAAGAUAUGUGCAUGAUGAGACUUAGUUCAUGUCAUUAGAUACGAAUAAAGAAGAUGGUUUAUAAAUCAAAUUCUCUUUUGAAGAAUCAAGAGAUAUUCUACAAAAAUCUCAAGAACAAGAAAUAGUGCAAAAUGAUGACUAACUUCACUAAAAUAUUUUUCUUUCACCAUCUUAAAUCUCAUUUUAUUAUUAUUGACAAUUAUGAAACAACUUUCAUCUUGCUUUUUGAAGCCUUGAACACCCUCACUUUAUAGAAGGAUCCAUCCUGGGAAAAAGUGUUCUCAGAAUGACUUUUGAGAUACUAAUCACCUUGCG